AUGUCAAUAUUUGUACUAUUAUCAUUGCUUCUGUCUGCGGUGCAAGAAUUAGCAGCGACGCUGGAAGCUGCAGUUGAGCCUGUUACAACAACCUAUAAAAUCGAAGGGCAGGUCGUUUUUCCGGAAUCAGUUACUGCUCAAAAAGGCAGACUAGGUCCAAGUCGUGUAUUGGUGAAUUAUGACUUUAAGCACGUCGCAUUUGUAAGAGAAGAUGGCUCGUUUGUAGUUUCUGGAGUUCCACCAGGUUCUUAUAUUAUUGAAAUUUCAAACAUUGAUUAUGCUUUUGAACCAGUACGAGUUGAUAUUACCUCGAAGGGUAAAAUAAGAGCGCGGCGACUGAAUUUGUUGCAGCCGUCACUGGUGUCUUCCCUUCCAUAUCCUUUGCAUUUGAAUGCAGUUCACCAAAUUAUUUAUUUUCGACCUCGAGAAGAAUGGCAUUUAACAGAUAUGCUAACUAAUCCAAUGGUUCUAAUGAUGGUUGUACCUCUUGUUCUACUUGUUAUAUUGCCAAAGCUUAUUAAUGCAAAUGAUCCUGAAGUCAAGAAAGAGAUGGCUAAAACUAUGCCACAAGUGGAUGUGCCCGAUGUUUCGGAAAUGUUAGCUUCAUGGCUUGGUGGAUAUCCAAAAAAAACGAGAAAAGCGGCAACAGGAAACAAAAAACGGCAAUGA